AUGAGAAGAAUAACUCGAAGUUUAUUUCGCACAUUAUUUGCAGCAUAUAUAAUGCUCAAAGAAGUUAUUGCCGAAAAAUGGGAGGCUAGAGAAAGUCUUGAUGCAGGCGAAGAAGCCUAUUUUCGCAGUUCAGGAAUACGAUUACACAAUAAUACUGAAUAUGCUGAACUAGAAAAGAAAAUAGCUAAAAUCGAAAAUGAAAUUCCUUGUUUACUUGAGGAAAUGAAAUCAAUUACUGAAGCGGCGGCUAGAGCAACAAACGAAUACGUUGAAAAUCAAGAUGCUUCGAAUAAGGAUGAACUACGCCAGAAGUUCCGUAAUACUUCUAUGUCUCUUAGUUUGGUUACAUAUACAAUUGCUGAUAAGAUUGAAGAGAUUGAGACUCUACGGUUCCGUUUGCUUGGAUUUUUACCGUCAUAUGAAAGAACUCAGAAAGUUUUGAAUGCGAUGAAGAGAUUUGUUUUAUAA